AUGGGGGAUGGAGAGGAGGCGGUGGAGGCUGGAGAGGAGGAGGAGGUAGUGGGGGAGGCUGGAGAGGAGGUGGAGGAGGAGGUAGUGGGGGAGGAUGGAGAGGAGGUGGAGGAGGAGGUAGUGGGGGAGGAUGGAGAGGAGGUGGAGGAGGAGAGACCAUGGAGAGGAGGAUCAGCAGGUCGAGGAGGAGGAUCAGGAAACAAUACCUUCAGCAGCCAGAGAGUCCCUGUUCAGACCACUCUGGAUAUAUCGUGUCCGUACAAAGGAUGGGCGCUGUACUUCACAGAAGGCUUCAUAGGGAGCUCGCCCAGUGUGGAGAAGAUCAAAGUGUUUGAGAAAUAUUUCAGUUCCAAGAUUCAACUCUAUGAUAAGGAUGAGAUUGAGCGUCAGGGCAGUGUUCUGGUGGAUUAUGCAGAUUUGAUAGGUGACAAAAAAGUGCGUGAAGCACUUCCUGAUCUGACCACAGAGCUGAAGGAACAGCCAGAGGUGAUGCUCAACUGUCUGGGGGUGGCCAUUCAUCAGGUGCUGACUCUAGAUUUGGAGAAGCAGGCUGCUGAGCUGCAUGGGGAAGAACUUCCUGUCUCUACACCGAUCAUCAACAUCCCUCACAUCAGCGCCAGGCUUUACAACUAUGAGCCGCUGACUGCGUUGCGGACGCUGCGAGCCAGUGUGUUUGGUCGGCUGGUGUGUGUGAGGGGCACGGUGGUCAGAGUGAGUAACAUCAGACCUCUGUGCACCCGGAUGGCCUUCAGGUGUUUGGGCUGCUCGCGCACCCAGUCCCUGCCUCUGCAGCACGGGAAAUACGCUACACCCACCAAGUGUAUUCAGCCUGAUUGCCGCAGUCGUUCCUUCGCCCCCAGCCGCAGUUCCCCUCUAACUCACACUGUGGACUGGCAGAUCAUCAAGGUGCAGGAGAUGAUGGGCGGGGAGCAGAGGGAGACUGGACGAAUCCCGCGCACCGUGGAGUGUCACCUGACCUCCGACCUCUGUGACAGCUGCGUCCCCGGAGACACCGUGACUGUGACGGGGAUAGUUAGAGUUACCAACGAUGGUAGUUCACGGGGGAAUAAGGAUCAGUGUAUGUUCCUCCUUUACCUCGAUGCCACUUCAGUCAGCAAUACUAAAGGUCAGCACUCCAAGUCAGGCCAGGGCUCUCCUGAAGACCGCUCCGGAGGAGAGGAGUUCAGUCUGAAGGAGCUGUACGCCAUCCAGGAGAUCCAGUCUCAGUCUGACCUGCUGAGACUCAUCGUACAGUCUCUGUGUCCUGCCAUCUACGGCCACCUGCUGGUGAAAGCUGCUCUGUCCUUGGUGUUGUUUGGAGGCCAGCAGAAACACAUGGGGAAGAACAGCGUCCCCGUCAGAGGAGACCCUCACAUCCUGAUGGUGGGAGACCCCGGCCUGGGGAAGAGUCAGAUGUUGCAGGCAGUGUGUAAUGUGGCUCCCAGAGGGAUCUAUGUAUGUGGCAACAGCACAAGCACCACAGGACUAACAGUGAGUUUAUCUCGAGACGCAGGAACAGGAGAUUUUGCUCUUGAGGCUGGAGCCUUAGUGCUAGCUGACCAAGGCGUGUGCUGCAUUGAUGAGUUUGAUAAGUUGGGCAGUCAGCAGCAGGCUCUGCUGGAAGCCAUGGAGCAGCAGUCUGUGAGUCUGGCUAAAGCUGGAAUCGUUUCCUCUCUUCCUGCCAGGACGUCAGUCGUCGCUGCUGCCAACCCCAUCGGAGGACAUUACAACAGAUGCAAGACUGUGUCUGAAAACCUCAAAAUGGGCUCAGCGCUUCUCUCUCGAUUCGACGUCGUCUUCCUUCUCCUGGACAUCCCGGAUGAGUCACAUGACCGUCACCUGUCUGAAUACGUCAUGGCGAACAGGGCAGGAAAAGGGAGAACAAGCAGCGCGGUAGUUACCCGGACUAACAGCCAAUUAGAGACCUCCAUCCUGCUGGAACACUCAGACAUGCCACUGGCCGAACGCCUGCAGGUCCCUGCAGGUGAGAGCAUAGACCCCAUCCCGGCGUCUUUGUUGAGGAAGUACAUCAGCUACGCUCGGCAGUACGUCCAUCCCUCGCUCUCCCCUGAAGCAGCUGAGAUCAUUCAGGAGUUUUACCUGUCACUGCGAUCUCAGGCGCACUCUGCUGACUCCACCCCCAUCACCACACGGCAGCUGGAGUCUCUGAUCAGACUCACUGAGGCCAGAGCACGGCUGGAUCUCAGAGAGACAGCUACCAAGAGCGACGCUGAAGAGGUGGUGGAGAUCAUGAAACACAGUCUGGCUGAUACAUACUCCGACGGUCUGGGCAAUCUGGACUUUGAGCGCUCACAGCUUGGAUCUGGCAUGAGUCAGCGCGGCGCGGCAAAACGACUCAUCAACGCUCUGCACCAGCAUGCUCAGAGGACCAAUCAGAAGCAGUUUGACCUACAGACGCUUCGAUCCAUUGCAGACAGAAUGAACAUGAAGGUGAUGGAUUUUGAAGGUCUGGUGAGUUCCCUGAAUGAACAGGGCUUUCUGCUGAAGAAAGGAGCCAAGCUUUACCAGCUGCAGACGGUCUGAUCCCUGAGACCUGCAGCAGAAUACACACCUGCUUCCUUAUGCAGACUACACUGCAAGGUCAGUGUUCAGGAUAACUGACUCCGAACCACUUUCACCAAACUAUCGAACAGCAGAACUGUGAUACCUUUUGAGACACCAGAAGAGAGAGACUGCACUCUUCUAACCACUGAAACCUGACGAGGGAAUGUCUCUGCCCGCCCUUACAGCAACCACAGAGUGCUGCAUUAGCACACACUUCCUGCUAGAAAGAGGAACUGACUCCACUUCACACACAUUUCCGCUGAAAUAUAAAAACUUCCAUCUUAAUAAAAACUUGUGUCUUAAUAGAGAUUUAUAAAACACAUAUUUCACAAUUAGAAAGCCCUAUUAAUCUAGUCCACAUUGCUUUAUGUUUACAUGUAUUUUAAAGCAGGCUACAUGUUGGCUAUCUAAAACAACCCCCCCCCACCUAAUUUUAUUAUAAUAAAAGGUUGGUUCCAUAAAAAAGUUUGCAAAGUCUUACAGGAAAUAUACAUGCAUUUUAUAAAUCAAUACUGUGUUACUGUCCAGAGUUGUUCUUAUAUGUUUAGUUAUUCAUUCUCAAGGGUUCUGUAUAAUGUACUGUUUUUGCCCUUUUGUAUGGUAUGCACUUUAUUUGUUAAUAUGAAAUCAGUUUGUGAAUAAAUACUUUUAUUUUGGUAAACAACCUGAUACUUUC